UUAUCCCACUCGCUGUCUUUGCUCAAUUAUCUUCUGUCACCAGAAUCUUCAUCGUCUUGAUCUGACCAAACCCCUCUUUUCUUCCCUUCUCUUACACGCCAAAUAUUAUUAUCAUCAAUCACAUUUCAUCCAAUCUGUUUCUAUAUUUUCUUCAUCCGGUUUGAUUCAUCAACAUCUGAUUAAAGGGAUUGAAGGUGUAAAGAUUAUGGAGACAAGAUCUGUUUUGUAGAUAUAGUUAAAUCAAGUUUUGACCAUCUAAACAGUUAGGAUGGUAGUUCCUAAAAAGACAGCGUUGGCGUUCAAGUCCUACCAGAACCAGGCUCAGGUGCUGGUUAAAACUUACCUUUUGGCGGAGGCUUUUAUGCCAUACACAUCUGUUCUUGGUGGCGUAUUUGCUUCCAAAAUGGUUUACGAUCUUACACAGUUGAUAAGCACUUUUUACUUCAGAACGUAUGCGGGCCUUACAAAAAUUCAACGAAUUGAGUGGAACAACCGGGGUAUGUCCUCUGUUCAUGCCAUAUUCAUUACAGCAAUGUCUUUGUACUUUGUGUUCUGGUCAGAACUUUAUUCUGAUCAGUAUACUGCCGGUCCUGUUACUUUCAGAAGCUCACCACUCUCUACAUUUGCAUUAGGGGUUUCUGUCGGCUACUUCCUGUCGGAUCUUGCAAUGAUCUUUUGGCUAUAUCCCGCUUUAGGUGGAUUAGAAUACGUUGUUCAUCACACUCUAUCAGCAAUUGCGGUAUCAUAUGCCAUGUUUACAGGAGAAGGGCAGCUUUAUACAUUUAUGGUCCUAAUAUCUGAGUUGACAACGCCCGAGAUCAACUUAAGAUGGUACCUAGACACAGCUGGUUUAAAAAAGUCUAACGCGUAUCUGAUUAAUGGUGUGGUUAUAUUCUUUGCAUGGAUGGUGGCCAGAAUUUUGCUUUUUGCGUAUAUGUUUUACCAUGUGUAUUUGCACUACCAUCAGGUGAUACAGAUGCAUGAAAUCGGGGUUCUUUUGGUAUUUAUGGUUCCAUCGGUGCUUGGUGCCAUGAACUUGAUGUGGUUUGGGAAGAUCGUUAAGGGUAUGAUGAAGACGUUAGCAAAGAGGCCGUAAGUUCAUUUUUUCGCGUCAUGGGUCUCGAGUUGAUGUAUAAGAUGGUAGAAGCAGAAAGAGGGAAGUUGAUGACCAAAAUUAGUGACCAAACUGGAAUUGUUGUAAAUCACUUGGUUAUAUGUCGGGUAGUGAAUCAUUCGUUUUUUCUUCGGAACAAAAGAAGGCUGUGUAUAAUAUAGGUCUUGAUUGCGUUACGAGUACGCCAUUUUGCAGGUGGCCGGUUUUCUAAUUUGUUACAAUAUACUUUGAUAUUUUGAUUUUAAAUACACUUGUUCCUAGAUUAUGGCUUUCUGCAUAUGAUGUCAAUAUAUUUUGUGUUCUUAGAGCAUUCA